CAGUGUGAGAGGCUGAACGCGCGCUCUCGGGUCGGUGUGUGGGCAUGAGACGCCAAGAUCUCCCAUGAUAUUUUGAAGUUUUCCCACGUUGAAAUUUCGAAUUUUGGUGUCAAGACUUAUGCAAAUAUUUGUUGUUGGAGGCAUACUGCCUUGACUUUGCCGUAAUAUGAAAAUCUUAAACUUUUGGGAAAGGAAAUAUCAUUUGUCAUCGGUUUCAAGAUAAAAAGAAUCUAACCUAAAGGAGGAGGACGCCCGGCGAAGGAUCCACAGGGGCCCCGCACAUGUGUUCCUUGGAUCCCUCCCUCCCGCCCCGCCUUCUGCAGGAGCCGCGGAUCACCCUCUGCAGGGGAGGCGGCGUGCCCUGAUAUCGGGCGUGUGAGCAAAGGCAGAGAGGAGAGGUAAACAGGAGGAGAGAGACGACCGCAGGGAAGGACGACGCGGAACGACCUCUGUCGCUCGUUCGGGUAAAUUCGGGUCCUUAACGGUCGUCGGCCAACGGUCACCGCGCCAGGAUGAAGCUCAAGGAACGGCUGGUGAUCGGGGUGAUGGCGGGGCUGGUGGUGAUGACGGUGGUGCUGGUGCUCGACGUGGAGACGGGCAUCACCAUGGGAGGACGCCCGCAAACGCCCAGCCACGCCCGCGUCCAGUACUCGUUCCGACAACGGCACCUGCAGAAGACCAACAACGGGUCCCGCGAGGCCUCGCUGGCCGCCGUGGCCUCCGCCCAGCUGAACGCCGCCGUCGACGGGCCGGACAACCUGGUGGCCGUCGGGAGCAAGGGGCGGCGGGAGGGCAACGUGACGUCGGCGGCGCCCUCCGACCGCUACGACGACCUGAUGGAGGCGGUGCUCAAGCUCCACAACGUCAGCAAGGCGAGCCGGAAAUCGCGCAAACACUGGAACCCGACCCUGAAGGAACUCCUCAGCGUCGACCUCAGGUAAGGACCGCUGUUGUCCCAGGCUGUUGGGAUGUCGAUUUCGAUGCUGAGAUACCCUAAGCGCCGAGGCAUUAGCGUCAGUCACGUUGGAUGGGGCUCGGGAUGUGGCAGAAAACGGGAAGGAAUCACAGAAAACGGAGUGACGGGUUGGCUUUCCAAACAUGAUGGAUGUAGUUUCUGCUCUGAAAAGAACGAUCGGAUUCACGGUACAGUAAAUGAAACGCAUAAACUUGAGGAAUUAUUACUACUUUUCACCUCUUUUUUUCUUUUCUUUUUUGUUAACGCGCAUGUGUAAAAAUAACCCUGUCUCAUAUUUACAAUGGAAUUAAUAUUCAUGAACCGAGCUAUUAUUUUCGCAAAAUGUAAUAUAGAUGAUAAACACGCCAAUUAUUAACCUAGAUUCUUUUAAUAUCGUAUUUCACCCCCCUGAAAAAAAAAAAAAAAUAAACAUGUAAAUUAGAAGAGCACAUCAAUAUAACUUUCUUUUUUUCUUUUCUUUUUUUUCUUAACGAUCCUAAACCAUCAUUUUUUAACCUCGCAAUCUCGCACAAAUUAACAGCCCGCACCCAGCCUUUCCAGAACGCCUUACAUACAUUAGCACUAAAGACAGGCGGUAUAGUGGCUGUUCCGACGGCAUUUUCUACCCCCCCGGAAUGGCAUCGGAAGGGCUGCAGAAGAACAUUUACACGGGGCAUUUGCAUACAGAGCAGAGGCCUGGUUCACCCGGCCAUUUUUUCUUAGCGUUAAAGGUGAUUAAGUGUGGAUGCAUGUGACAGGAAAGUCCAAGGUUCCUGAGCUAAGUUACUGAA